AUGUCGAACCUUCAGGGUACCAGCUCUCCACACUCGCUCGACCUGUCGUCUCCGAUCGGACAGACGUCCUGUUUCGGCUUCCCUUAUCAGAUUGGCUACGAUUGCUCUGGGGUCGUGACCCAGGUUGGUGAGGAUGCGAGUGACAUCAAAGUUGGUGACGAAGUAUAUGCCCGGCUACCAGAAGCUGAUCGAGGAUCGUGGAGUGAAUAUGCAAAAUGUCCCGAACGUUAUGUCGCGCUGAAGCCUAAGAACCUCUCAUUCGAAGAUGCUGCAUCACUGCCUCUAGCCGGCAUGACCGCCUUGCAAACCUUGAGUCGAUAUCAAGGGUCAUUAUCAGGCAAGACCGUGUUCAUUCCAGCUGGCUUGAUUGAUUAUACCAAGCAAGAUCCGUUGCAGAUCAUCCCACGCGGGUCUGUUCACUUUGUUUUGGACACUACUGGGGAAGCCAUGUCUUUUCUUCCCCUCAUGGCCUCACCAGAUGGUCUUAUUGUCUCUAUCGCGACGCAACCAUCUGGCACUCAACUUCAGCAGUCCAGCGUGAUGAAGAGACCUGAUAGUCCGCGGCUGCCGUGGUUUGGACACUUGGUCUUGGACAUAUUGGACAAAUAUCGCAGAACACGAGCUAAGUGGUGGGGCGUAGCAUACGAAUACUUGUUUCUUGAUCCUAACGCGAAGGAUCUAGUGAUACUGGCUAGACAUGUGGAGGAGGGAAAUGUCAUCCCAAUAGUCGGGUGCACAGUGGACCUGAAGAAUAUUGAAGAUAUGAAGGAGGCAUGUGGAACAGUGUACAAUGGGAAAGGAGGGCUGGGAAAGACGGUGAUCAAGGUCGCUUCGGCCUAA